GACUGGGACACCUAGCGAGUAAAAACGCUCGAAGGGUUGUAGGCGCGUUCCGCCCUCUUCCGGUUGGCCCGGCGCUGGUUUAGUACGUCAGUUCUGUGAGGGGAAGGGAAGCUCGGCCGUCUGUUGGCGAGGGCUCUGUGCAUGCGCGCGUUCUGGCGUGUGUGAGGGCGCGCGCAUGCGCACGUUUGGACAUUCAGGCUGCCUGGGGAGCAGCGGUGUGCUAGGUGAACGGGAAAACAUAGCCUUCUGUUGUGGGUACCAGACACAGAUUGUAUGCUGACUCUCUAUCCACCCACCCCGGCUGCAGCCUUUUCCAGAGAGGCGGUGCUCCACAGCCUCUGUUCGUUGUCGCUGCAGGACCAAGCACGAAAACUAAAAAUGAAGAUUUUUUCGGAGUCUCAUAAAACUGUCUUUGUUGUGGAUCACUGUCCUUACAUGGCAGAAUCAUGCAGACAGCAUGUUGAAUUUGACAUGCUGGUGAAGAAUAGAACCCAAGGAAUCAUUCCUUUGGCCCCUAUCUCUAAAUCAUUGUGGACUUGUUCAGUAGAAUCUUCCAUGGAGUAUUGUAGAAUAAUGUAUGAUAUAUUUCCUUUCAAAAAGUUGGUGAAUUUCAUUGUGAGUGAUUCUGGAGCACAUGUUUUAAAUUCUUGGACUCAAGAGGACCAAAAUUUACAAGAGCUUAUGGCAUCAUUAGCAGCCGUCGGUCCUCCUAACCCUCGUGCGGACCCAGAGUGCUGCAGUAUUCUGCAUGGUCUUGUGGCUGCAGUGGAGACCCUUUGCAAAAUUACUGAAUACCAACAUGAGGCUCGUACUUUACUCAUGGAGAAUGCAGAACGUGUUGGGAAUAGAGGACGAAUAAUCUGCAUUACUAAUGCAAAAAGUGAUAGUCAUGUACGAAUGCUUGAAGACUGUGUCCAGGAAACAAUUCAUGAACAUAAUAAGCUGGCUGCAAAUUCAGAUCACACUCUACCACUAAGCCACAUUCCCAGCCCAAUUCUGUUGAUUGUUAAUUACCUUCUCAUGUCUAAUGAGUUAUCUUUCUUGGAUACUUUUCUGUAGUUGUCCCCUGUUUUAACCAGUGAAGUUCACAGUGUUCGGGCAGGACGGCAUCUUGCUACUAAAUUGAAUAUUUUAGUACAGCAGCAUUUCGACUUGGCUUCAACUACAAUCACAAAUAUUCCCAUGAAGGAAGAACAACAUGCUAACACAUCUGCCAAUUAUGAUGUGGAACUGCUUCAUCACAAGGAUGCACAUGUAGAUUUCCUGAAGAGUGGUGACACUCACAUUGGUGGCAGCAGUAGAGAAGGCUCAUUUAAAGACACAAUAACGUUAAAGUGGUGCACACCAAGGACCAAUAACAUUGAAUUACACUAUUGUACUGGAGCUUAUCGAAUUUCACCUGUAGAUGUAAAUAGUAGACCUUCGUCCUGCCUUACUAAUUUUCUUCUCAAUGGUCGUUCUGUUCUAUUGGAACAGCCACGAAAGUCGGGCUCUAAAGUCAUUAGUCAUAUGCUUAGUAGCCAUGGAGGAGAGAUCUUUUUACAUGUGCUUAGCAGUUCACGAUCUAUCCUGGAGGAUCCACCCUCAAUAAGUGAAGGAUGUGGAGGAAGGGUGACAGACUACCGGAUUACAGAUUUUGGUGAAUUUAUGAGGGAAAACAGAUUAACUCCUUUUCUAGACCCCAGAUAUAAAAUCGAUGGAAGUCUUGAGAUCCCUUUGGAACGAGCAAAAGAUCAGUUAGAAAAACAUACCCGAUACUGGCCCAUGAUUAUUUCACAAACCACCAUUUUCAACAUGCAAGCGGUAGUUCCAUUAGCCAGUGUUAUUGUGAAAGAAUGUUUGACAGAAGAAGAUGUGUUAAACUGUCAAAAAACAAUAUACAACUUAGUUGACAUGGAAAGAAAAAACGAUCCUCUACCUAUUUCCACAGUUGGUACCAGAGGAAAGGGUCCUAAAAGAGAUGAACAGUACCGCAUCAUGUGGAAUGAAUUAGAAACACUUGUCAGAGCCCACAUUAGCAACUCAGAGAAGCAUCAGAGGGUGUUGGAAUGUCUGAUGGCAUGCAGGAGCAAACCCCCAGAAGAAGAAGAAAGAAAGAAAAGGGGAAGAAAGCGGGAGGAUAAAGAGGAUAAGUCAGAAAAAGCAGCAAAAGAGUAUGAACAAGAAAAAUCCUGGCAGGAUUCAGAGAGAUUGAAAGGAAUUUUAGAUCGUGGAAAAGAAGAGUUGGCUGAAGCUGAGAUUAUAAAAGAUUCUCCCGAUUCUCCAGAACCUCCAAACAAAAAGCCCCUUGUUGAAAUGGAUGAAACUCCACAGGUAGAAAAAUCAAAAGGGCCUGUGUCCUUAUUGUCCUUGUGGAGUAAUAGAAUCCAUACUGCCAAUUCCAGAAAACAUCAGGAGUUUGCUGGACGCUUAAACUCAGUUAACAACAGAGCUGAAUUAUAUCAACAUCUUAAGGAAGAAAAUGGAAUGGAGACAACAGAAAAUGGUAAAGCUAGUCGGCAGUGAAGAAUGAUUUAAGGAACUGAAUUUAUGAGUAUAAUUACAAAAAUAUUUUGGGCAGAGUUUGACAUAAGUACUUUUACAGCAAGGUUGUAUAGUUUAUGCUAGCUUAUGUUAGCUAGACUGGUUUUUACAUUUUUUAAAUAUUUCAAUGAACUAUCUUUUUUGUACUGGCUAUAAAAUUGGCAAAGUCAAACAUACACCUUUGAGAUCUGUUCUCUCCAACCAAAUAGGUUUAUUUUAUACUAACAUGUAUUCCCUCUGGAAAUGUUUUUGUAAAGAUUCUUAGGCUUCUCUUUGCCAAAUAAAAUUAUUAAAACACCUAAAGUGCAAAAUAUUGUAGUGUCACUUUGGAAAAGAUGCUAUUUUAUUCAUUUAAUGGCUAACAAAAUUUGGAAAAUUUGAGGUUUAAGUGAGAUUUGCAAUUCUUAAUAUAAAAUUUUAUGUUACUCUACAUCAUAUACAACAUAGUGCUUUUCCAAGAAAGAAUAUUGUCUUUAUUUUUGUCUUUAUGUUCCUGUGUGUUUGUGUGUUCAAAACUACAUUUAAAGCCAGAAUUUCCAGGUAGUUGGUAUGAAUUUAUAUUUACUAAUGUUAGAUGUUACUUUUUUUUUUAAGUUAAAGAUGUACUUUCUGUUAACUUUUUAUGCUUGAAAGUGGGAUUAUUUACAGACUUAGAAGAAAGAAAACCUAGUAUUUUUAUCCCUGGAUAGUUUCAUUUCUUCAUAUGUAAAAAAUGUCCUGGUUUAUGUUUUGUGAUUUAUUGGAAUUACUCUCAUACUGCUUCAGCUUGAAGUUUUUAAUAUGGUGUGAGAAACACCCUAAAUACUAUUUUUAGGGUUUUUUUUCUCUAUUUUU